AUGGCUGCCAUCCACAUGUCAGCUUCCAUCAUGGUUCAGAAGCGCGUGCCCAUCACUCUGGAGGUCCUGAUUGAUAAGCAGACUCUCGGUUACCUCUUUGAGGGGCACCUUGGGAGUGGGCAAAGUGGGUCGAGGGCUUGUUGUUCUGAGGGCCGAAAGUGGGGGGGCCAGAACGUACUUGGGCCCUAUGGAGGCGGUCGGGGCCUCAAUCUGCAGGUGGAUGCCCCAUACACGGGAUCAGCCAAGACCUCUCAGAUUCAUCAGGAUUAUUCCACCGAAGUGGAAGCUGCCGUGAACCGCCUGGUCAACUUGCACCUGCGGGCCCCCUACACCUACCUCUCCCUGGGCUUCUUUUCUGAUGGGGAUGACAUGGCUUUGGAGGGCAUAGGCCACUUCUUUGAGGAGAAGCAGGAGGGCGCUGAGCAUCUCCUCAAGUUGCAGAAUGAUUGCUGGGGCCAUGCACUCUUCCAGGAUGUGCAGAAGCCAUCUCAAGAUGAGUGGGGUAAAACCCUGGAGACCAUGGACGCUGCCUUGGCCCUGCAGAAGAACCUGAACCAGGCCCUCUUGGAUCUGCACGCCCUGGGUUCUGCCAGCACAGACCCUCACCUCUGUGACUUCUUGGAAAGCCACUUCCUGGAUAAGGAGGUGAAGCUCAUCAAGAAGAUGGGCAACCACCUGACCAACCUCCGUGGGGUGGCAGGGCCACAACCAGCGCAGAGAGGUGUGCCCCAGGCAUCUCUGGGCGAGUAUCUCUUUGAGUGCCUCACUCUCAAGCAGGACUAG